AUGCGAGUGCAUAUGGACUGUCCCGGUUGCGAGAACAAAGUAAAGACUGCUCUACAAAACCUCAAAGGGGUGGACAGUGUUGAAAUCGAUAUGGGACUGCAGAAGGUGACGGUGACCGGAUGGGCAGAGAAGAAGAAGGUACUAAAGACGGUUCGAAAGACUGGACGGAGGGCAGAAUUGUGGCAAUUGCCCUAUAAUCCCCACCACCACCACUACAAUCAACAACAGUGUAUAACUGGCCAAAACCCUAAUAACCAUUACUUUGCUCCUCAACCUUCUUCAUCUUACAAUUACUACAAGCAUGGAUAUGAUAGUAGUGAUGUUUCUUAUCAUGGCCAACCUCUUCAUUCUUCCAUUUUUGAUCACCAAACAGGCUCCAAAUUCAGUGAUGAAAAUCCCCAUGCUUGCUCUAUCAUGUAA